ACGUUCAACACCACAACAUUCUCACUUAUCUUCUCCCCAAAAACAAAAUACAAAAGCUCCAAAAGAAUAUGACAGGCUUAUACUCAUCAAUGAGCUUUUUUCUUCGUACCAUUGUUCUUCUUUUCUCCACUUCAAGUUUUUGCAACACUUUUGCUUCUCUUACACAAGACUCAUGCCAUCCCGACCAAAGAGAUGCGCUUCUCGAGUUCAAGAAUGAAUUCAAGAUUUGGUAUCCCAAUGGUUUUCUUGAUAUUGAUGGUGUUCUAAUGGAUGUUACCUCUUAUCCGAAGACGAAAUCAUGGACAAAAAACAGUGAUUGUUGCUAUUGGGACGGUAUCACUUGCGAUACCAAGUCGGGCAAGGUGACCGGGCUAGACCUUAGUUGCAGCUGUCUUCAUGGCCGGCUCGAACCUAAUAGUAGUCUUUUUAGACUACAACAUCUCCAAAGUGUGAACCUUGCUUACAACAAUUUCACCAACUCUCCCAUCCCAGCUGAGUUCAGCAAAUUCAUGAGGUUAGAAAGACUUAACCUCUCACGGUCUUCAUUUUCAGGUCAUAUUUCAAUCAAACUUCUUCAGCUAACCAAUUUGGUGUCUCUUGAUCUUUCUUCUUCUUUUCCGUAUUCUCCAAGUUCUUUGUCCAUUGAAAAACCAUUAUUUCUCCAUCUACUUGCACUGAACUUCAUGAACCUUAGAGAGCUAGAUAUGAGCUCCGUAGACAUUUCUUCAGCAAUCCCCAUUGAGUUUUCAUACAUGUGGUCUCUAAGAUCACUUACUCUUAAGGGCUGCAACCUCUUAGGAAGAUUUCCAAACAGUGUUCUUCUCAUACCAAACCUAGAAUCCAUUAGCUUGGACCACAAUCUGAAUCUAGAAGGCAGUCUUCCCAAUUUUCUUAGAAACAACUCUUUGCUAAAGUUGAGCAUUUACAACACUUCUUUUUCAGGUACUAUACCUAACUCUAUCAGCAACCUCAAACAUUUGACUUCUUUAAAACUUCAACAAUCCGCUUUCUCCGGGAGGAUUCCAUCUUCACUUCGGAGCCUUUCCCAUCUCUCAAAUCUUGUUCUUUCCGAAAACAAUUUCGUUGGCGAAAUCCCAUCUUCAGUUAGUAAUCUUAAACAACUUACCCUUUUCGAUGUUUCAGAUAACAACCUUAACGGAAACUUUCCAUCCUCUCUGCUCAAUUUGAACCAACUACGCUAUAUUGAUAUAUGUUCCAAUCAUUUCACUGGUUUCCUUCCACCUACCAUUAGCCAACUCUCCAACUUAGAGUUCUUUUCUGCCUGUGAUAAUUCUUUCACUGGAUCUAUCCCUUCAUCUUUAUUCAACAUUUCUUCAUUGACCACCCUUGGUUUGAGUUAUAACCAACUCAAUGACACCACCAAUAUAAAGAAUAUCUCUUUGUUACAUAAUCUACAAAGAUUAUUACUUGACAACAACAAUUUCAAGGCAAGUCAAGUUGACUUAGAUGUCUUCUUGUCUCUUAAGCGUCUAGUCUCAUUAGCUCUCUCAGGAAUCCCUCUUUCAACAACAAACAUCACUUCUGAUUCAGAGUUUUCAUCGCAUUUGGAAUACUUAGAAUUGUCAGGCUGCAACAUCAUUGAGUUCCCUGAGUUUAUAAGAAACCAAAGAAAUCUAUCUUCUAUAGACCUUUCCAACAACAAUAUCAAAGGUCAAGUACCAAACUGGUUAUGGAGACUACCAGAGUUGUCUACUGUGGAUCUUUCGAACAACUCUCUCAUCGGUUUCAACGGAUCUUUAAAAGCUCUAAGUGGAAGUAAGAUCGUGAUGUUAGAUCUUAGUUCCAAUGCUUUUCAAGGACCACUCUUCAUGCCACCCCGAGGCAUCCAAUAUUUUCUUGGCUCUUACAAUAACUUCACCGGAUAUAUACCUCCCUCAAUAUGUGGACUAGCUAAUCCACUUAUCCUAGACCUAUCAAACAACAAUCUCCACGGCUUGAUUCCUCGGUGUUUGGAGGCUCAGAUGAGUUCUCUUUCAGUUCUGAAUCUCCGUAACAAUAGCCUCGAUGGAAGUCUUCCUAAUAUAUUUAUGAACGCCAAGGUGUUAAGUUCACUUGACGUCAGUCACAACACUUUGGAGGGAAAGCUUCCCGCUUCUCUUGCCGGUUGCUCUGCUCUAGAGAUUCUAAACGUGGAAAGCAACAAUAUCAACGAUACUUUCCCGUUCUGGUUGAAUUCUUUGCCGAAGCUACAAGUUCUUGUUCUCCGCUCUAAUAACUUCCGUGGCACGUUACACAAUGUUGAUGGGGUUUGGUUUGGAUUUCCUCUGUUACGAAUCACUGAUGUAUCACACAACGACUUCGUCGGAACAUUACCAUCUGAUUACUUCAUGAAUUGGACUGCGAUCUCGAAGAGUGAAACAGAGCUGCAAUACAUUGGAGAUCCUGAAGACUAUGGCUACUACACUUCACUUGUCUUGAUGAAUAAAGGAGUAUCAAUGGAGAUGCAACGUAUCCUCACAAAAUACACUGUCAUUGAUUUUGCUGGAAAUAAGAUCCAAGGAAAAAUUCCAGAAUCUGUUGGUAUCUUGAAAGAACUUCAUGUUCUUAAUCUUUCGAGCAAUGCUUUCACGGGCCACAUCCCAUCUUCUUUGGCAAACCUGACGAAUCUGGAGUCACUAGACAUAUCCCAAAACAAGAUUGGUGGUGAGAUUCCUCCAGAACUCGGGACUCUCUCUUCUCUUGAGUGGAUAAAUGUUUCACAUAAUCAGCUAGUAGGUUCCAUACCACAAGGCACACAGUUUCAUCGACAGAAUUGCUCCUCUUACGAGGGAAACCCCGGAAUAUACGGAUCUUCUCUUAAGGAUGUUUGUGGAGAUAUCCACGCGCCUAGACCACCACAAGCCGUACUGCCUCAUUCAUCAUCAUCAUCAUCAGAAGAAGAUGAAUUGAUAAGUUGGAUAGCAGCAUGUUUAGGUUUUGCACCUGGAAUGGUAUUUGGUCUUACGAUGGGAUACAUAAUGACUUCACACAAGCAUGAGUGGUUCAUGGAUACUUUUGGCCGAAGAAAAGGCCGGAGCACGAGAACUCGUUAGCUCUCAAUCAUCGAUCACACUCUGUUAAGUAAUUAUUGUUCUGCUAAAUGAAGUUGUUGUAUACUUUUAUUUAUCAUCAAGAGAGAAAACCCAUGACGGAUCUAAGUUUUAUGUAUAACAUUUUCAUUAUGGUCAUUAAUCAAUUAUAACAUUCGCCUAUGUAAAUUCAUAUAUUUCGUUUCUAGACUAAAUCAGCAUUAAAU